CCAUCUCACACCCCCUCUUCUCACCGAGGCAGUAACUUUAAAGUGACUCCUUCAAGCAGGAAAUAGGUACAGUAUCACUCAACCAAUGGAAUUUGCCUGUGGAUUUGUCUACGUUCCGCCACUGACCAAUCAGCAAUCGGCCCAGAAACCAAAUCUUAAUGCCAUUAAGCGCUCAGCUCUCCUGCCACCCCCAAAGAAACUGCGUCCCCGUAUGCCCCCUCCUCCUCCUCCUCCUCCUCCUCGUGCCUCUUCAAAACAACCCCAAAGCCCUCCUUUCAUUUCCCCAGAGGAGAAAAUGAUAGGACAAGCCACCAGAAACGAAGACACGAAGAGAACAGGGAGUAACUCACCUGUGUAUGAGAAUCUAGCCUUUCACCUGAAGGCAAAAGCCAGCGCGUCUGCUGCGCAGGGUCCAGGCAGGCCUCAGCUGCCACAGUCAUCACUCCUGGCAGCGCGAAAAGCUCUUCUUCCUCCACCAAUGAAAGCCCAGCCUGAUAAGCUAUCUGCACCCAUUCCAGUCUUCCAGCCUCAGAAAGGCCUCUUUUACAACUCCAACUCUGGCCCCUCUCAGGAGUUAGGACUGACCUACGAUCUCCCCAGAGAGGAACCAGAGAUGGAAGGGCAUCCUCUUGAUCCUGACUAUUCCUAUAGUAUCCCAGAAGGCACUGGGUUGGAACUACGACGUCCGGGCCAAGUAGGCAAUAGCAAAUUACCACUGAAAACAGGUGCUGCACCACCCCUGCCUCCUCGUCCCUCCUUUAUGAAGAGAUUCCCAGAAUACGUUCUUCUGUUGCCCACAUCCUCCCCCACCACACCCGCCACACCCAUCACACCCACAGCCCCACCAGCAUCCCCUUCUGCCCCACCUUGCCCUACUCCAGCUCUCCAGGACAACCUGCAAUUGCCAGGCAACCCAAACGUGAUUCUUGUUAGUUUGGGCGCGCUUGUGACCAAGGAAAAUGUGUGUACAAUGUACGGUGAACCCACCUCCUGCUCAAAAUGUGGCUCUGCACUGGAUUCCUGUUAUGACAAUGUGGUGGACAUGUGUUACUUCUGUCAAUCAUGGGAAUCUGUGACCUCUCCUGCCCCUCGCUGUCCUCCAAUGGGAUGUCAAGAUUGUUUGUUCCUCUUGACCUCUGAUGAUAAUUCGAAGCCACCAGCUGGGUCGCUCCUCAUAUUUUGUAUUGAUAUUUCCGGAUCAAUGAGCAUAACCUCACAGGUGACUGAAGGUGGGUGGACAAUUUACAAGUCACGUCUACAGUUUGUACAACAGGCAAUGAUACAGUGUGUUCGCCGUUUGAGUGAGAGAGAGCCACACACUAGAGUGGGACUCAUCACUUUCAACAACCAGGUGACACUGCACGGUCAUGGGGAGGUGUCCUCUCGGUUUCUCUGCGGGCCGGAGCUGAUUGAGACCGACUACCUGAAAGAGGCAGCUUGGGGCUUUCCAAGCCCACCCCCACUCUCACAGAACAGAGAACAGCUGGAGGAGGAAAUCCAGAGGCUGGCAGAAAGUGGAGCCACAGCCCUUGGUCCGGCAGCACUCGUUGCCAUUGCAAUGGCCUCUAGGCAACCUGGGUCAAAGGUGGUGAUCUGCACAGACGGCAAGGCGAACACAGAGCUGGGGAAUCUUGAUGUGGAUGAGAUUGAUGCUCGUUCCCUUGUCUCCUCCACCAUCUUCUACCAGGACUUGGGGGAGUACGCCGCUAACCAGGGAGUGACAGUCUCAGUGCUGUCUAUAGAGGGGACAGACUGCAGACUGGAUGAACUGGGGAGACUAGCAGACAGGACAGCAGGAAGGGUGGUGAUUGCUAGACCAGACACGCUGCACAGUGAGUUUCAGAAGGUGAUGGAGAAGAGGACUGUGGCCACACACUGCACUGUCACCCUGCUGUUGCCCACUGCACUGUCUGUGAGAGGUGAAAGGCAGGUGGGGCACAAGGGCACAAGGGAGAUGGGGAAUGUGUCUGCCGACCAUGAGAUCACCUUCCAGUUCCAAGCAAGGGAGCAAGGCACACAGGCCUUGCUGUCAUGUGGCAGUGUAUCUCUCCAGUUGCAGAUUAGAUACAGACGGAUGGAUGGACAGAGAGCACUCAGAGUUAUCUCCGUGGACAGGAGAGUGACUGAGGAGAGCUCCCUGGUGCUGUCCUCCCUCUCCCUCUCAAUCCUGCAGCUCAACUCGUCCCAGUCCAGCGCCGCCCUGGCAGUGAGGGGCCGCUAUAAAGAUGCCCAGAAUGAAGGGGAGAGUCAGAGGAGACUGAUGGAGAAAGCCUUAGACCAUAUUAGAAGUUCUGAAGAGAGACAGCAACACAAACAGUGGGUGGAAACAAUGGAUCCAAUUUAUAAUAAUAUAUACCAUUACACAAGGAGCAAUUCUGUUUCUUUUACAGACACACAGUCACUCACAGAUACAGGUGCAGUACUCCUUUAUGGGAUGAAGAACGGCAACAGGAUGUCCAUCUCAUCAAAGGGUGGGACCAAAGCCCACUCAUGACCUUCAGCAAACGUGCAUUUCCAAGCCCCCGGCAACAGGAUGCCCUGUUUAUUUUGCAUAUUACUUAUUUGUGCUGGCAUAUUACUGUGGGGCUAAAGCAUGACAUUAAGAUCUUCAUCGACUGUAGUAGGCAGUCAGUGGCUCUCCUGUUGACCCACUCAUGGCCAACUUCAGCGCCCCCUUUGCACUGAACUCCUCCUCAGAGUAUAUGACCUCCCCCUUUUGUCUCACUUAACUCCCUGUCCUCUUUAACAUUUUUCCAUGCAGUCUUGUUCUUCCUUCAUUAACUUCCCUCAUUUUUGAGUUUUCAACAUUAUCAGCCUUGCAUUCUCUCACCUCAUCUUCCCCUGCCUUCAUCUUUUUCUCCUCCCAUCUCAGUCUCAGUCUAAUAAUCAGGGUUAAUUAGCAGCUGUCUAAUUGUUGCCCAUUAGCUUAACGAACCAAAAUCGACACAGCAAACAAACAUCCCUCUUUCCCCCUUCUCUCUCCCCAUCUGCCUGUCUGCAUUUCAUUCUCUUCCCAUCUCCAGGCAUUUGGCGCUUGAUGUAUCCGCAUAACUUAACCCACUUGAAUCUCUUCCUCUCUCUUAUGAACCGUACUAUUUUCUCCAACUGUCUCUUUCUGUAUAUAUUAUACAGACAUAGACACAAAGAUACACACAGAUGCACGCACGCGCACACACACACACACACACACACACACACACACACACACACACACACACAUUAAAAUUAUCCUCACAGUUCUAGCCAUAUCUCUUUCUCAGCUCUAAUUCACUCCCAAUGCAAAGUGCUUUAUUGGCAUGACAGAUGAUCAGCACUGCCAAAACUGCACAGUUUGUUGAUCAUACAUUAAAAUGGACAGCGUAACAGAAGAGCAAUUUCAAGAGCGCAAUUUAAUCUAUAGAAUGUAAUGCACAGAGGAAAAUGCCACAAAUACCAAAUGAAGUAGUAACAUAUCCUCCAAAAAGAAAAAAAAUGUUAUAUGUGAUGUCUCUUACAUACCUAUCCCCUCCCUCUUGUACAUGAUCCAUUCCCAUAAUAUUACUGGAUAAUGAUAGAUAUAUAUUAUAUCUAUCAAUCAAUCAUAACACUAUAUGAUGUGUGACAGUGUGGAAAACCCCAGCAGCUUUUAGUCCAGAGUAAGCGAUGUAUCCCCCAGGAUAUGACAGACUACUGUAUACUGGCAGCCACUCUCAUACUGGUAUGUAAAUGUCCAUGUGCAGCUGAAAUACUGGAAUAAUAUUUUGCAUUAUCAUAGGUAUCUUCCAUCCUCUCUUUCCCUCUAUGCUUUCUCUUUCAGUGUAAAAUAUAUAAAAUGGCUUGCUUUGGUGAGGUCUGAAAAACUGCUGUGAAAAUUUGCAUUACAGGGGAAUACCUUGGAAUACCUACCUAAAGGGGAACACAAUACACAUAGGAAGGAAUUGUUAUCUUUCUGACAAGAAACCAUUCAAACGGUUGAAACCCUUCUGAGAUGUGUGUUUUUAUAAUGAGU